CCAUCUUUAAAUUUGUAUGAACGGAUAGUACAGUAACGAGGUCAUUAGAGAAAUUUCCCACUGUGUUUUUGACAAGAAAUCUUUCUGUUAAUUUAAUAUAACAUAAAAAAAUGUCGGGCAUUCGUACCACGUUGUACAACAUUUUCCUAAAAAGAUCAUCUACGUAUGCUGUCACUAUAAUAACCGGAACUUUUAUCUUCGAACGAGCUUUCGAUUUAGCCAGCAAUAAAAUGUUUGAAUCAAUCAACAAAGGAAAACUAUGGAAAGACAUCAAACACAAGUAUGAAGUAAACUGAAUGGGUGGAUUAAAUAUUUUAUACACUAGUUGUAUAUUUAAUAGAUAUUUGUUUUCUCUAUGAGAAUGUAAA